GCCCGCAUUCCCGGGAAGUAUCGCGAUGCUGUAGCUGGCUGCUCCCGCUGCGGGUGGCUCCGGCUGUUGCUGUGGUUCCUCGAGUUGCUGCUGCUGCGGCGGUGGCGGCGCUGGUGGAGGUGUCCGCCCCGGGGCGGAUGUUGACAUUGUGUUGUUGUUAUUGCUGGUGGUAAUGGCGGCGGUGGCGGCGGCGGCCGGGACCCCGGCUCUCUUGUAGCGGGAGCCGAGACCGUCAAGAGCGAACUCUGAGGCCUCUGAGCCGGUGGCAGCGACUCGCCUCAGCCUCCGCCGCCUCGCCGGCCCGUACGUCCGCCCCGGCCCCUGAAGUCAGGCCCCUUUGGGCUGAGGGCCUCGGAGGCGCAGGAUGGCGGAUUUCGACGAGAUCUAUGAGGAGGAGGAAGACGAGGAGCGGGCCCUGGAGGAACAGCUGCUUAAGUACUCGCCGGACCCGGUGGUGGUCCGCGGCUCCGGUCACGUCACCGUGUUUGGUCUGAGCAACAAAUUUGAAUCAGAAUUCCCUUCUUCAUUAACUGGAAAAGUGGCUCCUGAAGAAUUUAAAGCCAGCAUCAACAGAGUUAACAGUUGUCUUAAGAAGAACCUUCCUGUUAAUGUACGUUGGCUACUUUGUGGCUGCCUUUGUUGCUGCUGCACAUUAGGUUGCAGUAUGUGGCCAGUUAUUUGCCUCAGUAAGAGAACACGAAGAUCGAUUGAGAAGUUAUUAGAAUGGGAAAACAAUAGGUUAUACCACAAGCUGUGCUUGCACUGGAGACUGAGCAAAAGGAAAUGUGAAACGAAUAACAUGAUGGAAUAUGUCAUCCUCAUAGAAUUUUUACCAAAGACACCAAUUUUUCGACCAGAUUAACAUUUACUUUAUUUAUAGAGACUUUCCAAGUAUGUUGUCUUUCCAAUGGUGCCUUGCUUGGUGCUCUCCUGGUGGUGACAUAACAUGGGUUCUACGGAAUCGUGUGGUGUUUUGUUUUUUGUUUUUUUUUUUAAAUAAUCGCAUGUUCUAAGUGUGCAUUUUUUGUCAAACUUUCCAACAGUUAUUUCAUACAAAAUGUUUAAUACUUAAGUUAUUGUACUCUUUUCUGUUAUGUAUUCUGAUUUUCAAGGAUUACUUUUUUGUAUUAUCAAAAAAAUACAUUUGAACUUAGCCUAAAAAGUGGCCAGCCUUUUUUAUUUUAUCACCGAGGUACACACAGUUCUUUAUAAAGUCUUUAACAUAGAAAAAUACCUCUAUCUCUAUCUAUUCUAGCAAACACAUUCUUUGUAUUAUUUUUCUUCCUUUUUAAAUUUAACAUAGUCAUCAUUUGUAAACUAACUUUUUUUCAAUAGAAAAACAUACCCUUUCUUAUAUACUUCCUAAUGUUCUGUUUACAGCAGAAAUAUCUGUAAUCAUUAUGAAGACCUAUGGGACGUUUUGAAAAUAUUUCUGCCUUCAAAUGCAGUAAGACAGGAUUAAAUUAUUUUUAUUAGAAUAGAGGAAGCAAUGAAUGGUAUGCAUGCAUCUAAUGGUUACUAGAGCUCAGGAUCACAAAAAUCUAGUAGCAUCACAAUCUGUAUAGUUUUGAUCAAGGUGAUAUUAAUAAUGGCCUUACUUGGGUUACUUUUUAUUGUUUGUCAAAUCUUACAUACAAAGGUAUGGAAGUAUCCUUUUAGAAAUUUCUAGAGGAAAUAGUUCUCCCAAUCUAACAAAAUUGAGGAAUGGAUAUGUUUCUGAAAAGUCUUUGAAAGAAAACAGAACGUCUACAGUUAAAAGUAAGCCGUUAUUCAAUACCCCAACGAUAUUUAGAGCAGAUUAUUAGUAAUAAAUGGAGAACAUAUUUAGUACAUUUUUAUCCACUAGUUUGCUUUCUGUCCAGUUAUGUAUACUUUUUUGACUGAAAGUGUGACAUACAAGUUUGAAUAUGGUCAGUUUGUUUCUUUUAAAUAGGCACACUCACAUAUACACAUUUUUUUUCUCCUUUUAGUUGUAUAUACAUUUUAAAACUAAAAAUUUCUAAAUGGCCUAUGUGUAAAUUUUUCUUUUUAUAAGACUGAAAUUAUACAUAUUUUAAUGUAUGUCAAGAACCUGUUCCAUACAACUGUGGUAUUGAGCAAUAAUGUGAAUAACUUUUGAAAUUAUAUAAACUAUGCUUAGUACUUUGUAUUAAGAGUUGGUACCACUAUACAAUACCUUUUUCCUUGUAUUAAAUCUUUUAAAUACCAGUUUCAUUAAUUUAUAUACCUGUAUUUUUAAAAAAUAUUUCUUUAUACUUCUCCAAAGUACUGUAAUUCCAUAUGAAUUUGAAUCAUUGAAUGUCAAUAUCCAAAUCCUAUAUUGGACUCGAGGAAUUGUCUUAAAAACUAGGAUUUUUUUUUUGGCUGAAAUGAUUGUUUCCAUUAUCCCCCAAUCAACUGAGAACUUGAAUUUAUUGAGUAUUUUGCUAUGAAGAAUUCAAAGUACAAAGAAUUCAACCGCUUCUCACUUUAUUUAACUCGUGUAUAGGGGUGUGUCCCAUCCCCUUAAAAUAGUGUGAUUCAAUGGUUAUGCUAUUCCCUAAACUCUAGUAUUCCUCUGUGGUUUCAAUGUGAAAAAUCAUUCAUUGAAGAAUGUUGAAUCUGCCUCAGGAUUCAGAAAGAGCAGAAAGAUAUAUAUAGACUAUGCAACACAGUGUUCUAUAUUUAAAAUUGAGUAAAUCUGUAGACCAUUUUAUUUAACAGCUUUACAAGAACUGUACUUAUGUAGAAAUACUUGUUAUUCUUCUAUGUCCUCUGCAAAUUACAGUUUUAAAUUAUGUUCCUCUAAGAAUAUUUUAACAGAUAAUUUUCAUAGUUGAUAGUACUAAGUAUUAGGAUUUUAAAAAAAGCUUUUCUAAUUUUAUUGAGAUGUGGGUCAGUUGUUUAAAGAAAUUCCCGAGAAAUAUGCAGUCUUAGACUUCUAAUGUGUGUGUGUAUGUGUGUGUGUGUAUAUAUAUAUAUAUAGUAAUUGUUUAAUUUGUGGCAUUACUACAAACUAAUUAUGCCUUGACCAGUUAGAUUUCCAUGCUUUUGUUUUCUUUAGUAACCCCCAGUAUAACUCUAGCUUAGUCUUUCUUGAAUCAUGAAUAUAAGUGCUCAUGUUACUGGCAAAUUAGAAACGGCAGAGAUGCCUGUGUUAUAUGAACAUUAGCCCAAAGGAAAUAUUUAAAAUUAUUAUUGUUCUUCAGCUCCUGUUUUCUGGCAUAAAGUUUGUGAACCAUAAAUACUUUUAAAAUUGAUCAAAAAAAGUUAUUUCGGGCAGAAAAUCCAACAUAUAGAUUUUUACAUAGGUAAGUGAAUAAUAGGAUUUUUAAAAAAAUACUUUACUGGCAUUUUAUAAUCAGCCCACUAUUCCUGAACAGUCUUUUAUCAAAUAAUGUAGUUUGCAAAUUCUUAAACAAUAUUUUACUACAUGGCUUUGAAUAUUUGGGUUAACAUUUAUUCUCCAAAGCCUAAUGACUAUAGUAAAAGUCUGGUGUGAUACAUUUAGCUUCUAAGGCAGAUCUUGCCCCUCCCUCAGACAAGAGGUCACCUUUUCUAAUAAAGUGACCAUCAGAUGUUUUAUUAAGAUUCUUUAAUGACUAGGUUUCAUUCUCUUAAAAUAUAAAUAUGUAAUUUUAGCCUAAAAUCAAGAAGUUCUCAAAUCUCAAGAGUAAAAUGAUCUCCUUUUUUCUUUAGAAAAACCUAGUUUUGUAAUUGAGUAAUUUGAAGUCAGGAAGAAUCACUUCUUUUCCCCUGGCUGUGUUUUCAGAAUUAUUUGUAGAGUGCUUCUGAUUGUUUCUUUGUGUUAGUAGACACGGGGCAACCCUAUAAAACUUUGACAACAAUCCCUAUCAAUCUUCGGUUAUAAAAGAAUGAUAUUAAAUAGCAAUGGGUACAGUGGCCCCACAGUUGCAUGUGUUCAAGCUGUACUAGGUUUUAAUAACUUUAUGUACAUAGUCUGACUGUUUCAACUUUUAUGACAGUCACAGUUAUAACCUUUACUUGCAUGCCUGAUGUUUCUCUGUAUAUAUUUUCUUUGGCUCAUGGUUGGUCAGUAGUACUAAAUCAGAAGUUCAGUGUGUGUGAAACUGUCUUUGACUAAACUCCAAUAUCUAGUCCUGGACCGUCCUUCCUUCUCUUAUCCUACUGAGGCACCAUGGUUCCUUUAGCUGCCCUCUUGAAUUGCCUUUCAUCUUCUUUCCCCAAAACUCCCAAUCAGAAUAUUAAUUCUGUUGCAUCCAAGCUAGGUGUUUAAAAGACCACUUAAAGUGUGUCAUAUUAAGUGAUGAAUGGCUGGCGUCCUCAAUUCUGUUAAGGUGGUUCUUGGAUUUUAAAAGAGAAGUUUCUUAGCAAUUGGUGUUCUCCUUGUCAGUAGACCCUGUCAGUCCAGACUUUCCAGGAAGGGAACAGAGGCAUGCGCCUGAGAUAUUGUGGGUUUGGUUCCAGACCACCCAAUAAAGCAAAUAUCUCAAUAAAGCGAGUCACAUGUUUUUUGGGUUUCCCAGUGCAUAUAAAAGUUAUGUUUACACUAUACGGUAGUCUAUUAAAUGUGCAAUAGCAUUAUGUCUAAAAUAAGUACAUACAUUAAUUAAAAUGUUAGACAGAGACAUGAAGUCAGUGCCUACUGUUAGAAAAAUGGUGCCGAUAAACUUUCAAAUUUGUGAUAAACCUACAAUUUGUGAAAACCACAAUAUCUGUAAAGCACAAAAAAGCAAAGCGCAAUAAAACGAGGUAUGCCUGUAAUAGGAUGGUUGGACACGGGGCUUCUUCUCAGACCACCAUUUCUAGAGGAAACUGAUUUCUAGGUUUUGGAAGGAAAGUAUAGGUUCAGGGCCAAUCCUAAACCAAACUAUUAAUUAUCCCACAUAGUGGUUUGUGUUUAAAUACCCUUUAAAAAAUGAAAUAAAGUAACCUUAUUUUCCAUAGAUGCAAUAUCCAACUUCAUGUUGUUUUUAGGAACAUACUUUUUAUCUAAGUUGAGAUUUGACGGAUGUCUUUGAAUUUUGAGUUACUGUGUUGUUCUGCACUUCUACAAAGAUUUUUAGAUGGUAAUCUAAGAGAAGCCUAGAUAUUGUUUUCAUUAUUAAUCAAUUCUGUGUAUUAUUUAUGAACUAGGGAGCAAUGAUUUCCCCCCAAAAUGACAAAUUGAGCCAAUAGAGGUUGUUGAGCCUUAAUAGACAUACUGAAAACAGAAAUUUGGAAUGCUGAUCUUGAUUUUGAAUUCAUUUCUGAUGUUACUCAAGAUCCUCAAGUUACUGGGCCUCUGCUUUUAUUUUCAUUUCACAAAAGAAAGUUACUAUGACUACCUCAUGGUGUUGACUUAGGAAACAAUAAUUUAUUUUGCUAUUUAUUAAAUCAUAUAAAAGUAAGUAGUUAGAUGCUUAAUGGUAAUGAUUAACAUUUUCUACUUAUUUACAGUGUUGCAUAAAUGAGUUAUUGUUAAAUUUUUCACUUAAAAAUAGGGUUACAGUGGGUACUCCCUAUAUGUACUUAUAAUAAUGCUUUGUGUAUUUAAAAAUCAGGUAAACAUUAAAUACAGUACUUGAAAAAUUUGAUAAAAUAUUUUUAAAGAUAGAUUCAUCUGAGAUGCUUAAGCAAAACCAUGCCCCCCCAUAAAAUAUUUCCUCUACUUCAUAAAUGUAGUGCUUUGAAUUUUUGACUGCUUUUUUCUUUUUAUGAAAAAUAGAUAUAUGCUUUCCUAGCUCUUCAUUUCAGAUAUAUUUCAAUGAGCUGACCACAGCAGGCAUUCAUAAUUUUAGCAGAUUGUCUAUUUUUUUUUGUUUGUUUUUUUAAACAAACCAUAGUGGUAAGCAGCAUUUAAGAGAAGAUAAGUGAUAGAGCAGUGUUUUGUUCAUUCUCCUUUAUUGGAUCACAGUGUACCAUCAAACUGCAGAUUUUUCUUUCUAUUGCCUGUCCUACUGGUUCUUGAUUUAGUACAGCUGGUUCCAUUCUUUCUCUUGACAUAAAUACUAUAUAGAUUUAAAAUGUUCUGGAAGGAAAGCAUCUUCUCCCUCAAGGAUUCUUUUUCACUGGUAACAGCUUAUUUAAUUGGGUAAUUAUAACAGUCUCAUUACAUUAUCAUGAAGUCUAUAUAAACAGGAGUUUAUAAAGGUCAAAGCCUUUUAUAAAAAGUCUCUGUUUUUUAGUAUUUGUUGACGUUAAUGACAUUGUGUCCUCUCAGAAGAGUUAAGCAUUGUGAAACUUAACAAUAGUUAUGUCUGUGGAAACAAGGUAGACGUGAAUGGAAGGUAAGAUUCUGAAAUCUAUAGGUUGAGAGAAGUAACUGCAUUAUUAUCCUACACUUUGAUUUACAAGGUUGAAAGUUAUGCAGUGGCCAGGAACUGCAGACAGCUUUAUCCUUUCUUUUAUACUUUCUAUAUUAUAUCACAGUGGAAAUUAUAUUUUUAAAAAAGAAAAAGAAAACAGUUGUUCUAGAUAGGGCCUCCGUCUGCUAUCUUGUCCUUUGAGGUAAUUGUGGGAGGCUAUCUUGAAUAAAAUAUACUUCUACUUACCUUUUAUACUAAGUGUUACAGUUAAGCAAUUUAAAAACUCUAAAAGGAUUUUAGGAAUUUGUUCCUGUGACCCUAAAAGAGCAUGGAAAAAUUUUCAAAUCAAAUAAGUAAUCAUAAACUUCUGAUGGGUGAGCAAUUAUGCAGAGCAAUAGCAGGGUCCCUAUUAUAAUUUUGGAAAUUAUAAAUUCAGGUAAGUAUAGUAACAUUUAAAAAUUUGAAAGUAACUUUAAUAAAAUAUAAAGUUGAAUUUUAAUUGUAUUUUUAAAAUAUUUUCCUUUAAUAUCAUUUCUUUUAUUAUUAAGAAAUUAAAGCCAUUCCGAGACACACAGGGCCUAUUUUUCUUAAAAUGAGGUGGUUUUGGUUAGAUAAAAAUGUAACAGCCUUCAUUACUGUGAAGCAAUAUAAAGAUGGAUUGUAUUUAAGGUGGCUUGGUUUUUGGUUCCAUGUUAAUUGCAGUAUAUGUAAUCUUGUUAAAAUUUCAUUUAAGUCUUCAUUGACUGAAUUUUUCUAGUAAACGAAUGGAGACCUAAUUUGAGCUAGAGGAGUUUUUGACUUUUUGUUUGUUUGCUGGCUUUGGCUAGUUGAGUUUCUGUGGUUUUUAAGUGAAUCUUUUCCAACACAUGAUUUCAACACAAGUCCUUUCUCAAAACUAAAAUACGGAUAAAUUUCCAGCAUUUGGUCUUUAAGGUAGUUUCAGUAGAGUCAGAAAAGGGUGUCUAUAACUCAGAGAUCAAAUCACCUUAAAGGGGUUUUGACCAAACUAAUUUUGGUAUGUGUAGAUGUUUAAAUAGAGAUACAGGUGUAUGUAUGUACAUGUAGGUAUAUACAUAUACACAUUUUUUUUUCUUUUGUAGACAUAUCUUGUACAAAUGCCUGUGAAUAAAAUAAUUAAAUUGACAUUGUUAUGAAAAGGAGUUUACAAACUGUGUGCAAUGAAAUUAAAAUUUUAUAUUGAGUCUUCAUGAACUUGCAUCAUAGUUGGAGAAAAGAAUAGAAAAAUAUGUACCUUAUGUAUUAACUUUUGUAUUCAAAGAUCUUAGUUUAU